GCAAAGCAUGUUUCGUCGCUGCCCAACGCAUGACAAACAAGGUCAAGAUCUUUGCAUAGUCGAGACAAAGAGGUUUCAAGGCAUGAUUGUACCGCGACAAGAUCAAGCUGUGCAACCGACGACUCAUGAUGUGAUAUUUGGCAGAGGUCGGCGGUAUGACAACCAUCCCGGUAAUGUGCAAUUCCAUCACAUUGUUAAGAAUUACAUAUACCAAUAUGCGAUGGCAGCGAAUCGGGCCGAGAAAAAUGCUGUUGCGGAGUCCAUCGUCAACAACGUUUGUGUGACUGGGCGCUUUCUGAAGUAUGACGAAUGUUGUGAUGGUUGGAUUAUAGCCGAUCCAGAUUCUACCUGGAAAAAGGUAAGACAAGCUCUACGAUAUCGCGGAAAAGGCUUUACAACACAAAGGAGAUACGAAAUAAUAAACUUCACAGCCUCCGAUCUUGAGAAUCUUCAAACCGUAUCGCAAACAAACGCAAAGGAAAGGGAAAGUACAAACACGGCCCGUCCCGCAGUCUCACAAAAUACAGGCGAUGCAUACAUAAGCGACCUUUUGUCUGACUCCUUUGUUGGCAAUUCAGUAUACUAUUCUUCAUCUACUGGGAGGGCAUAUGGAGAAACAAAAGGGGAAAUGGAAUUGUGCCAAGGAACCCCUGUGAUUGUAGAAGAGCGGGGUGCAACGAGCAGUUUCAGUUGUGACACUGCAGAAGACAAAUAUACCAAUAAGGACAAGUUCUUGAGUGGAGCACCCCCCAAUAAGCGUCUGCGUUUCGAGGUUGACGACGAUUACCAGCAGUCGUCAUGUAAAUAUAGAUGUCCAUCAUGCAAUUGGAAUCAAGAACUCUCGAAGGCUUACCCAGGAAUCAGCCUCGAGCCUACCCCGACAGUCCGCUGGCAGCAGUCCACUACAUUGAAUCCUCCUGCAGAUAUUCUCGAUGAAGUUGACUUUCUCGACUUUGACAUAUCAAUGUGGAAAGCGACGGAAGAAGCCUUGACCGUUGGCGACUCAGAGGGGCUACUUUGCCCAGAGGAUGACUCGGACCUGAAGACAGCAACCUCGCAUUGGUAUCCUUUUACAGCUGUCCAUACUGACUUGGCUGACCAAUCUCCUUGCGAACAUCUUUUGACGGACGAAGAAAUUCUCCGUGCCAUUGAUUGUGAUUGCGCAGAAAACGUCCAAAAUGUUUGGGAGAGUGAGACAGGCUAG